CUUCUCGAUAGUUACUUUGAAGUAUACCAACAUGCUUUAGAUUCAGAAGAAAGAUUUGCAUUGGCCCAAGUAAUAACUAACAUCAUGUACAGACGUCCUCGAUUUGAUUUCCACCUUGGGUAUUUUGUGAACACCUACAGAGAUGAAUGCACUUGUCUCAAGCUUCACCUCUGCUUGGUGAGAGAUAUUAUGCACCGACAGAUAGAGAAUCAACGUAAAUAUAAUUAUCAAAUUUGGUGUGGUGGUCCUAAAGGUUGUAUCUCUGAAUUUGGCUUCCCCACAUAUAUAGUUACAAAACAGUUAAUUGCUCUCAGUAACAGCACUACAGCUCUGAAGAACAUGUAUUUAUUGGAAUUCCAUUCCUCCCUUGGCCUAGUAUCUUUAAUUCCUAAAGCUCUAGAUCAUGCCCUUCAAGAGUUCCAACAAAUCUGUAGGCCAAACACAGCCAGUGCGGCCAUUCAUUUGGAGGAACAAAUACUUCUACUUUCGCUGGAUGGAUGGAUGACGAUGGAAAAUCCAGAAUCUUUUUAUGGCGCUCAAAUUCAGAGAGAUAUAUUUGCAGAUGUUCUGGUUGAGAAUCCUCUUAUUAUAAGAGAAAUCGUUACUUUAGCCUUGAAAUCGGUAUCAGAAGAAGAACAGCGACCAAGUAAAGAAAAACAAACUAUUACUUUGAAUGUCUUUUCAAGACUCCUUGAACUCCUAACUCUCCGUCAUCGGUUGAUUGAGGCAGCAGUAGAAGGGGCACAACUCGGCAGACUGUACAAAGAAUUUGCAAAAGAAAUGGGCUUUAAUGAGUUUCAUUUAUACUUACGGCCUGUGUACUUUGAAUGUGCAACUCACAAAGAGAAGGCUGACCAGUUCUCACCAAUAUUCAUUGCUUCACUUCUAGAAGAUCAGGACCUUAACCUGGACAGAUAUAUUCCUUCUAACUUAAUGUUAGAAAUCCAAGAUAUAGACAAUCAAAUUGGAAAAUUUAGCUUUUGCACCAGGGAGAGCAUUCUGCAGGUAACUGAAAUAUUCUUUAUUCCUGUCUCAAAGCUAUUAUAUUACUUCAUUUUACUCUUCCGGCCCCUUUCCUAUUUGUUUUAUUUUGUACUAAAUCAGUAG